UCCCCAGACUAUGUCAGAGAGUCACAAUGACCUUACACAAUAGCAGUUCAACUUCGCCUUUGUUUCCAAACAUCAGCUCUUCCUGGAUACACAGCCCCUCAGAUUCAGGGCUGCCCCCAGGGACAGUCACGCAUUUUGGCAGCUACAACAUUUCUCGAGCAGCUGGGAAUAUCUCCUCUCCAAAUGGUACCACCAGUGACCCUCUGGGAGGCCACACCCUCUGGCAAGUGGUCUUCAUCGCAUUCCUAACGGGUUUCCUGGCCUUGGUGACCAUCAUUGGCAAUAUCCUGGUCAUAGUGGCAUUCAAGGUCAACAAGCAGCUGAAGACUGUCAACAACUACUUCCUCUUAAGCCUGGCCUGUGCCGAUCUGAUUAUUGGGGUCAUUUCAAUGAAUCUGUUUACUACCUACAUCAUCAUGAAUCGAUGGGCUUUGGGGAACUUGGCCUGUGACCUCUGGCUUUCCAUUGACUAUGUGGCGAGCAAUGCCUCUGUCAUGAACCUUCUGGUCAUUAGCUUUGACAGGUACUUUUCCAUCACGAGGCCGCUCACCUACCGAGCCAAGAGGACGACAAAGAGAGCUGGCGUGAUGAUCGGCCUGGCUUGGGUCAUCUCCUUUGUCCUCUGGGCUCCUGCCAUCUUGUUCUGGCAGUACUUUGUUGGGAAGAGGACUGUGCCUCCGGGGGAGUGUUUCAUUCAGUUUCUCAGUGAGCCUACCAUCACCUUCGGCACGGCCAUUGCCGCCUUUUACAUGCCUGUCACCAUCAUGACUAUUUUAUAUUGGAGGAUCUAUAAGGAAACCGAGAAACGUACCAAAGAGCUGGCUGGGCUGCAAGCCUCUGGGACAGAAGCAGAGGCAGAAAACUUUGUCCACCCCACGGGCAGUUCUCGAAGCUGCAGCAGUUACGAACUUCAACAGCAAAGCACGAGACGCUCAGCCAGGAGGAAGUACGGCCGCUGCCACUUCUGGUUCACAACCAAGAGCUGGAAGCCCAGUGCUGAGCAGAUGGACCAAGACCACAGCAGCAGUGACAGCUGGAACAACAAUGAUGCAGCCGCCUCGCUGGACAACUCUGCCUCCUCUGACGAGGAGGACAUUGGCUCCGAGACGAGAGCCAUCUAUUCCAUUGUGCUCAAGCUCCCAGGCCACAGCACCAUUCUCACCUCCACCAAAUUGCCCUCCUCAGACAACCUGCAGGUGCCCACGGAGGAGCUGGGGCCAGUGGACUUGGAGAGGAAGGCCAGCAAGCUGCAGACACAGGAGAGCAUGGACGGUGGAGACAGUUUCCCAAAAAGCUUCUCAAAGCUUCCCAUCCAGCUAGAGUCAGCCGUGGACACCGCCAAGACUUCUGACGCUGACUCCUCAGUGGGCAAGACCACGGCCACUCUACCUCUGUCCUUCAAGGAAGCCACUCUGGCCAAGAGGUUUGCUCUGAAGACCAGAAGUCAGAUCACUAAGCGGAAAAGGAUGUCCCUCGUCAAGGAGAAGAAAGCCGCCCAGACCCUCAGUGCCAUCUUGCUUGCCUUCAUCAUCACCUGGACCCCCUACAAUAUCAUGGUUCUGGUGAACACCUUUUGUGACAGCUGCAUCCCCAAAACCUAUUGGAAUCUGGGCUACUGGCUGUGCUACAUCAACAGCACCGUAAACCCCGUGUGCUAUGCCCUGUGCAACAAAACAUUCAGAACCACCUUCAAGAUGCUGCUGCUGUGCCAGUGUGACAAAAAAAAGAGACGAAAGCAGCAGUACCAGCAAAGACAGUCGGUCAUCUUUCACAAGCGUGUGCCCGAGCAGGCCUUGUAGGGUGAGGUUUGAUCGCUAGCAGUGACAAGACGCACAUGCCAACCCACCAACCUUAGGAGGAGUAAGGUGGGGGCGGGGGUGAUUUCUGGCCAUGAUAAAAAUGUUUUUCUCACCCAGGUGUGAGAGAAGCUGCCUGUUUACCGAUCCAUUGAAUAAACCUCUUUUAAUAUAAAAGUCAAAUACCAAUUCAGCCCCCCCCAAAAAAUAGCAUACUACUGAAUAUAAAGAAAUUUAUUCUGAAAUAGACUUUUAAGUGUUUGUUCUUAAAGAGGAAAAAAAUAUUGCUUCAUAGCAAAUUAUAAAUUGAUUUGCCUGGGUCUCUUAAUUCCCAUUAGCUUUGGAAUCUCAGAUGAGUAUAGCUGGCCCUGUUGCCACAUCCUUCCCAAGGAUCCCAAAAGUGUCCAUGCGACCCCACAUGGAACAGAGCAGGCUUGUGGGUCUGCGGUUCUGCAGUUACUUCGUACGUUGCAAAGCUGAACCUUCUUGCCCCAAUAGAGCUUCCUGUCUUCUCUAUUGUGUUGUUAAACUCUAUUUAUGGACUUGAUUCUUGCAAAGUACUGUUUUGUGCAGUUCAAGUUUCGUACAAAUAAAAAUACAUAAGUAUAUA